AUGGCCGACGAGCUGAUGAUUGGUGGUACUCCGUGGUGGCGAAAUGUCAACAUGGCUAAGAUCGAAGAAGCACAACGCCUAUCACAGUCACAAAAAUCAGUGGUCAGACAUGCGUCUCCUCCAGCAGCCUCAGCGAGUGCUCCUCACACAUCCAUACCAUCACCUGCCGCACCCACACCUCAACCCACCUCAGCAGCAGCUGCGCCAGUCGCACCUCUUUCUUUCGUCCCAGAGCGCAGAACAGAAAUUCCUGCGGAAGAUACAAUGGAAGGUGGUGAGCGUCUGGAGAUUGACAUGAGCAAUCCUGUCCUCCCAGCCUGGUGCAAGGACAUUGGACUCGACAAGGUCAAGAGAGCCCCGAGGAUUCCUCCCGGCAUCGAAGAGCAUCUCCACAAGAUCACUUCUGGCAUCAAGAAAUGUAACGAAGCAGCAGCAAAGAACAUGCCCCCUACUGCUACCGAAAUCAAGAAGAUCAAUGACGGAAUUCACAAGGCUUUCUUUCUCGAUCUCAGCGCAUUAGCUAUCCGCCAGAAGGGUCUUCUGCACAACGACAGGNGGCUUCCUCAAAUCUUCAACUCCGACAAGGUCGAAUACCCCUGGUACAUCAAAGAAGACGCUGCCGAGCUCUACAUCAAGUGGUGGCAGAAGGACACCAACCCAGACCUCUUCCGUGGCAUCAAGCUAGGCCGCACCAAGAACGCAAAGAUCGGCCGCGAGAGUGCAGCUGACAAGUUGGACCCAAAUUAUCCCAGAAAGAAGGGCGACUUUCAUGGCGAUGGACAUCUUCGUAAUGGUCAGUGGUGGCCAACCCAGCUCUGCGCUGUCUNNGUUCGAGACGGCGCUCACAGUGCUACUGUUGCCGGUAUCUGUGGCAGGACUGGAGAAGGCGCAUUCUCGUGUGUCAUGUCGGGCGGUAGCUACCCCAACAUCGACAAAGGAACGGAAGUCUGGUACUAUGGCACCGAGUCCGACGAUCCUUCGCGCCCCUCAGACUCUACGCAACACAUGAUCGAGAGCUGUAAACUCCAGACGCUUGUACGUGUGCUUCGUGCAUCCAAGAUGACCACCGAGGGCCCCAACGACCACAAGCCCAAAGAAGGAAUGAGAUACGACGGUCUUUACAAGGUUUCCAGUUACGAGGUCAAGAAUUCGGCCAAGCAGGUUCAUCUCUUCCAUCUCGUCCGCGAACCUGACCAAGGUCCCAUCAGAAGCUCUGGUUCUGAGGUUCGCCCUACACCUGAAGAGUUGGAGGCGUUGGCAAAGGCCAAGAUCGAAAAGAAGUUUUUGGCUUGA